GAAGGCAGCAGUGUCGGCACAUCCCACCUGAGCUGUACGUUACAGUGUACACAGACAAGAUGGCAGCUUCAUUGGAAGACGAAUUUGAAGAUGCGCCUGAUGUGGAGCCGUUAGAACCAACCCUGAAGAAUAUUAUCGAGCAGAAGUCUUUGAAAUGGAUAUUUGUUGGUGGAAAGGGUGGUGUUGGUAAAACGACAUGUAGCUGUAGUUUGGCUGUCCAGCUGGCUGCAGUCAGGGAGAGCGUCCUCAUCAUCUCCACAGAUCCUGCCCAUAACAUUUCUGAUGCUUUUGACCAGAAGUUCUCAAAGGUGCCUACGAAGGUCAAGGGCUAUGACAACCUCUUUGCAAUGGAGAUUGACCCAAGCCUGGGUGUGGCAGAGCUGCCGGAUGAGUUCUUUGAGGAGGACAACAUGCUCAGCAUGGGCAAAAAGAUGAUGCAGGAGGCCAUGAGUGCCUUCCCUGGCAUCGACGAGGCCAUGAGCUACGCAGAGGUCAUGAGGUUAGUGAAAGGAAUGAACUUCUCAGUGGUGGUCUUCGACACUGCCCCCACUGGCCACACGCUGCGGCUGCUUAACUUCCCCACCAUUGUGGAGCGUGGACUUGGCCGCCUCAUGCAGAUCAAGAACCAGAUCAGCCCUUUCAUCUCCCAGAUGUGUAACAUGCUCGGCCUGGGUGACAUGAACGCAGACCAGCUUGCUUCUAAGCUUGAAGAGACCCUGCCAGUCAUCCGCUCCGUCAGUGAGCAGUUCAAAGACCCUGAACAGACCACCUUCAUCUGUGUGUGUAUCGCUGAGUUCCUCUCCCUGUAUGAGACAGAGCGUCUGAUCCAGGAGCUGGCCAAGUGCCGCAUUGACACACACAACAUCAUCGUCAACCAACUUGUUUUCCCUGACACAGAGAGACCGUGUAAAAUGUGUGAAGCCCGCCAUAAAAUUCAGUCCAAGUAUUUAGAUCAGAUGGAGGAUCUUUAUGAAGAUUUCCACAUAGUCAAGUUGCCGCUGCUGCCCCAUGAAGUUCGAGGUGCCGACAAGGUCAACACGUUCUCAAAGCAACUUCUGGAACCCUACAAACCCCCAAACAAGUGAUCUCCCUCCCUGCAGGACUUCCCCACCUGCCCCCCUCUACAGACCACACCUCUAUCUACAGUCUGAACUCACCUCCUCUGAGCCCCCCUCCCCAGCCAGCCUCAAACCCCACAAUAACAGCCUCAAGAUGAUCCACUCAGUCCUCAGCCCGUCAUCCAAAGCAGAGCACUUCUACGGCAAGACACGCCUUUAAUGAAGGGGAGCUGAUGAAACCACAAACACACAUAUACAUAUUCUGCUAUAUUAGAGAUAAGACGGUGCAGAUUUGUGCUGCCUUACUCUCACUCUUUGUCUUCAUUAUCCUCUGUGUGGCAGUUGUACUAUUCCCACUUAAAGCAUUUAACUUUUUCUCCCCUCCUCCUCCAUCUUACACAGUUUCCAGCCUCAGUUGUAAAAAAACAAGUGUUUCCGGUGACGGUGCUGUGUAGUGCAUAAUUCAGAUGGUUGAUGUUAAUGCCUUGUUUAUUCUGUGUGGUUUGGUGGCAGUGUCUAUUCUCCAGUUUGUCUUUUUGACUAAAAUUUCAAACAAACCCAUCGCUCACACAUUGGGAAUUUCCAUCCAAAUUUUUUUUUUUUUUUUUUUUACAGAUUCAGGGUGUGACGGCAGGGCAGUGAAAAACAAAAAAAAACACACUAUCAAAGAAUAUGGCCUGUGGUCUUUAGUUAUCCUGACUCUUGACCAAGACCAUCCUUGUUAUUGCAAUAAAUAAAACCGAAGCAGUCAAAA